GUUUCGUGUUUAGCUUUUUUGUCGCUUAUUGUGAUGAAACAAUCGCAUGUUUCACCGAUUACAUUGUACAACUUUGUAUCGUAAACACUAUCUAUAUUUAGUUGCAUCCCUCCUGAAUACAGUCGGGACAUCACGCACUCGACUCAUAUCUUGCGUUACAUUAUAAGUUCUUGGACGCUUUGUUUGUGCAUUGCGGUUGAGACACAUUUCUUUCACUGUUUUUUAAAUGUUGAUAUUUAUUCAUGCUCAUUUAAGGAAUACCACCUUGGGUGCUAACAACUCUAAUUGAAUCUCCACCCUCCCCUCCCACCUUACCCUUCAAAACAAAAAAAACAAAAAAAAUUGUUUCACUGAUUUACCACAAUAAAGUCAGCUACAGUCCACUCUCUGCUAACGGACACUCUUGUAAGCCGACAGCUCUACUUAGACACAUUUUACCUCUGUAUUUACACGUUCCCUCAAGUGGACUCUCUCUUGUAUGCAGACGUGGACACUUUUUGAAAGUGAAAAUUAGAUUUUUCUUUUGUUUAUGCACUCUCAUAGGUGGACACCCUGUGCUUGACAUUUGACUUUUGGCAAUAAAAUUUGUCUUUAAUUUGCAAAUCGACAAAAACACAACCUUGACAGAGCAACAGAACAGUUGGGAUUGGUUUUGUGAAAUCUUCAUUUGCCUGCAGGAAAGCAAGCUGUCAGUUCAUCUGGCAUGAAGUUACAGAAACAUAGGCAAUCGUCUCUUGCAAACCCUGCCGGCUGAGAGCCAUUCAAAUCCAGUAAGCAUUGUUCACACAAACAUGAAAGUUCACAUACUUCCUGCUCUUUCUGAUAACUACAUGUACCUUGUUGUUGAUGAGAAAACACAAGAAGCUGCCAUAGUAGAUCCUGUGGAACCUAAAAAGGUUGUUAAUGCUGUCCAAAAAGAAGGAGUAAAACUAACAACUGUGUUAACUACUCAUCAUCAUUGGGAUCAUGCAGGUGGAAAUGCAGAGUUAGCUGAACUUGUGAAGGGGCUGACAGUUUGUGGUGGUGAUGACAGAAUUGGUGCAUUGAACAAGAAAGUUAUUCACGGUGAUCAGUUAAAGAUUGGAAGCCUUGAUGUCAAAUGUCUUUUUACACCUUGUCACACAAGAGGGCACAUCUGCUAUGUUGUUAUUGGCCAACCAAGUGCCGUGUUCACAGGUGACACCCUCUUUGUGGCAGGCUGUGGAAAAUUCUUUGAAGGGCAUCCUUCAGAAAUGUAUAGGGCCUUAAUUGAGAUACUUGGAAAAUUACCCGCGGAUACUCUGGUCUAUUGUGGUCAUGAGUACACAGUGAAUAAUCUGAAGUAUGCUGUUCAUGUUGAACCUGAAAACCCAGAAAUUCUCAGACAAAUUGAGUGGUCUAAGAACAAAAGAGAAGCAAAUGAACCAACAGUUCCAUCCUCUAUUGGCGAGGAGCUCAAAUUUAACCCAUUUAUGAGAGUUCAUGAGGAAAAUGUAAAGAAAUAUACAGGAAAAUCAGACCCAAUAGAUGUGAUGGGAGCCCUUCGGCAAGACAAGGACAAGUUCAAACCUAAACACUGACUGGGAUUAGAUUCGGAAUAAUUAUUUAUGCACAGUGCUGAAGAAAUUAAUUGCUUUUAUUUCAAUCAAGAUUGUAGGGUUUGUACAGACACCAGCAGUUUUGGCAAAUGAUUGAAAUCUGUAAACUAGUUUACCAUACCUUCAAAGUGAAAAAAUAAAUUAAUAGUUUAAAAACUGCUUGGUAACUAUUCAGAAGUUUUUCUUUUAACACCAAGCUACAAGCUACAAAAGGAGCAAAAUAAAUAUUCGUACCAGUUUCAGAAUUAAAGGAAUUCCAUGAAGACACCAUUUAAUUAGACAAGUGUAAGGGAAGAUUAUUCUUUACCUAAAACCUGACUUGGAGGGAUCAAUGUGUCGCACUUAUUUCAUCUUAACUUUCUCAUAAUUUUAUGUAUGAUGAUAAAGUUGGGUAAAAAAAAUAAAUAAAAUCUAAGCAUUUUUUGUUUGUGUGAGUUAUACUCUGUGCCUUUGUUUUUAGUUUUAGGGAAAGGGUCAAAAUAAUUUGAGACAAGUUUUAGUUGUACUUUCCUUUGUUUUAGAUACAUUACCAUAAUCCUUAAACAAAGAGAAACAUAACUUAAACCAUGGUGAAUCCUGUAUAAAGUAAACUCAUCUUAAGAAGACAAUAAACAAAGUCCAGACAUUAAAACAAUUCUCUGUUGGAA